CAUAUUCCAAAACAUCCGGGAACCAAAACUGUCACACCCAAUCCGGAAGUGACUUCAUACCAAACGUUUAUCCUUCGUGGAACACCACCAGCCUCGUUCGUCGUCAUCACUCAGCAACCUUUAUUCCGCUCAACAAAUAACUCCUCACACCCACAUCAACAACCUCACCCAUCACUCUCAUGUCUCUCAUUUCACUCAACCCGCUUCCCAUCCUUCUCCUCUGCCUCACAGCAGCGACGGCGCUCGAUCUCAACGACUCCACGCCGUGUAAAGCCUCUCUAGACGCCUCAAUCGCCUUCAACGGACGCGUGACGUUGACACUGUUGACGGAAAGGCGACAGCUAGCACACGAAUUCUGGCUCGUCGACUUCCAGUCGCAUUCCGACGCUCGUUUUCUCGUCGGCGGUCUCAUAUACGCACAGAGAACGGGUACGUGCUCGAACGCACGUCAGAAUCUCGACUGGAGCGACGUUUUCGAGAAGGCGGUCGCGACCGGAAGUGACGUUGCAACCGGAAGUGAUGAGUUCGACCCGGUGUCUCAGAGCGGGUUGUUUGACGUGUUUGUGCGCGGCGUGUGGGGGCAGGAGAAAGGAGAGACGGUGAGGAGUGACAAGUUGGUGUAUACAGGCUCGAUUGAAAAGCUGUUGGAGUGUCGUACGAGCAGCGGGAGGAGCGUUUUCGAUGUUGAGAGAUUUGAGGAUGAGAUCGUGUUGAAGACGACGGCCUAUGCUACUUGUGUUCGACCGAGAAAGUUUGACGAUAUCACGAAGGGCGUUUAUGCUAUAGAGACGGCGUUUCCGAUUGCUGUUCGGGUUCAGAGGAGUCUGACGGGGUUGAGUGCGAGAGCCCCGACUGUUGAUAAUGUGCUGUCACGUGUGCAUUACAAGUUGGCGUUUGCGAGACCGGUAGUGCUUGGGGCGGCCGGAGCCGGACUUGCCGGGUCCGAGUUUACGUCGUUUGUACUUGAUUUUUAUGCUUUUACGAAGAACGAGUCGACGAGCAACAUGCCGGUGUAUCACAGGAUGCUCAACGUGUCGUCGGCUGUCGCAAUGGUUGCCUCUUUUCAAUCAAGUUUGAUCAAAUUUUAUGAUUUAGUUGAACAAACUGAGGGUGGCGAGUGUAUUCUUGAGGACAACCAGUGCAAGCAACUGUUACGCUUAUCGAUGGUGCUCGACACACGGGGCAGUCUCGCUAAAUCAUUUGGGAGCGACCGUGAAGCAGACAAGGAGAUCAGUCAGAGUUUCGAUGUUUCCUAUGCAUCAGUUCAAUGUCCGGACGAUUUCAUCACACCAUCAUGCGAGAGUCUUUCUCAGGAUGGAAAAGUGAGUAUUAACGUUGUCAUGACGUUGAGCUUUAUUGUCGCCACAUCGCAUGAUGAUCCUCAAGUGACGAUGACAGUGUAUGGUCUUAGAAGAAUGCGCGAUAUGGACGACGUUGUGAGGGCGUUAGUCCCUCAAGGAGAGCAACUCGUAUUGAUGUCACGCAUCGGACCGGGAGAAAUCCGCGACGAGUACAACGCAACGCUCACAGACCUGACAAUAUGCAGAGGCAUUCAACAAGACGGAUGCGAGAGCAGCCCGGAUAGCGACAAGUUCACAUACUAUAACAACAGCCGCGCUCUCGUAGAUGGUGUUUUCGUGAUGUCUCGUAACGAAUACAAAAUAUACGAGGUCUACUUCCCGAUGCGAGGUUUGUUGGAUACAGACGUCGACGAGACGAUCACCGCCAAGUAUGUGAUAGAGAACGAGAACACCGGGCAAGUCACACACAUCGAUGUGAUUCAACGAGUCUCGUUUCACGGUUGUCCGACGAACUCACUGUACAACAGUGUGGCAAAAUUAUGUGUGUGUCGUGUUGGGUUUUUACUGACGGACGACACGAAGGCGUGUUAUCCAGACCCGCGUUACACACCGGAUGUCACAGAGUCGCAUACAACGACCAGUACACCGACGCUUCGUGUGAUUACGAAGCCAAGCAGGAGUGGUACUUCGUCUUUGAUUGUUUACCUCACUUUGACUCUUGUUAUGAUGACCGUCGCUAUCUAUAUAUGAUCUCCGUGUGUGUGAGUUGACGUGCAAAGUGUGUCGUUAAGUGAGGAUUUUAUUGUAAUUAUGUGUGGGAGUUAGCGUGUUGAUUCGAUGUUGAGAAUGUUGUUGUGCACAUAGUUAGACUUGAGUGAGUUGUAGAGGAUGAAAGAGCAGUGAUUUAGAGACGUUUACUACUUACAGUUUAUAGUGGGAAAUAAAUAGUUCAUCACCUUUCAA